GAGUAGACUCCCUAACCAGAACUCGAAAAGUUACUUCUCACCCUCCCUCAGCUCUUCUUUCCAUACUCAGCAUCAAGUUGUGAGCGAACAGCUAAGGGAAAGUCGAAACCUUUCAUGUUAUUUGCAUUGCAGAGAAGUUUUAUGGACUGAAUUCUUUAUUUUUGCGUCGAUAUUUCUAGAAAAGAAAAGCGAAAAAUGGAGCAUUCCCAGCAAACCUCUCUGAAGAGAAGCUUCCAAGUCAUGAAUGGAGGGCAAACAGAAACUGACUCGACUAACGUGGACAAACCACGGCCUCUACGAAGAGAUGAGAUGAAGGCUGUCAAGGUUGCAUUAAUGAGGAACACAAUUGCUAUGGUGGAUCCGGGUACUGACAGGACAAUGCUUUCUCUGCUGAUGGUUCAAGAAUUUGUGAAAUCUUUAAUGGAGAUUAAUGUUGGCAAAAAGAUUGCAAUUCUAGCCACUACAGUUAAUCUUGUUCAUCAGCAAUUUGAGGCCAUAAAAUGCCACACCAAGCUACAAGUCCAACAAUUCUAUGGGGCAAGAGGAAUUGAUACAUGGGAUGCUGACACAUGGGAAAAAGAAGUGAAUGAUCAUGAUGUUUUGGUGAUGACACCACAGAUUUUAUUGAAUGGAUUGGUAAAGGAAUUUUUGAAUAUUGGAACAAUUUGCUUAUUGGUCCUAGAUGACUGCCAUUGCGCCAGUGGCAGCCAUCCCUAUGCCAAAAUUAUGAAGGAUUUCUAUCAUCAAUCCAGCAAAAAGCCUAAGAUUUUUGGGAUGUCUGCUUGUGUGAAAUCUAGGAAAGGCACCUCAACAACCAAGGAGAAUCUUGAAAAUCUUCUAGACUCCCAGAUAUUUUCAAAAGAGAAUUCAGGGGACUCAGAAGAUCUUUCCUCUUCCACAAAUGAGUGCUGUAUAUUUUAUGAUACGGCACAUACUUGCAAUUCGGAAUUGAAAAUAGAACUGGAUUCGUUGUGGUCUAAGUUUGAUGCAGUUUUACUCAAACUGCAAGCUUCAUCAGAAUCAGUGCCAAGUCAGUCUAUUGAUAGUUUAGAUACCAGUGCUCUGUAUGAGAUGUUGAGGAAGAAGUUGUCUGAUGAUCAUGCAACUAUCAAACACUGCCUUUAUAAUCUUGGGUCUAUACCUGCAUUAGAGGCUGCUAAAGUUUGUCUGGAGAAUAUUGUUAACAGUAGAGAAGAAUAUCAAGGCAAGGAAGGCUCCUCUCAGCAUAGAUAUUUUCUUGAGGAAGUAAUAUCGACUUUCGACGAGUCAUUGCCACCUGAUUAUAAAAAGCCUCCAGCUUGUGGUUACGAUCCUUCUGUAACAAUCAUGAAGGGCCAUAUAUCACCCAAGUUACAUCUGCUCUUUGACACACUCAAAUCAUUUGGGGUGGAUCAAUUACCAUGCAUUGUAUAUGUUGAAAGUGCUAUAACAUCUAAAGUUGCAGAGAGACUCGCAAAGACAAUAACUUUUGGAUCCUUCUGCUCUAGAAUGGUGGAUAUAUUAUUUACAACAUAUACAGUUUUGGAUGGAAUAAACGCACCCGACUGCAAUUCUAUCAUAAGAUUUGAUUUGCCAAGUGCUGUUUCUAGCUACAUCAACUCUCAAAAACAAGCAUGUAAAAAGGCUUCAAAGUACAUAACUAUGCUUGAAAGUGGAGGAUGAGUUGAUGGAUACUUGUGGACUGAACUCAUUAAGGCUGAGUGUGGUGGGUGAGGUGCAGGGAAUAUGAUAGAUUUGAGUGGUUAUGGAUACUCUUCAGGAGGCAGGGUAGGCAAUCAAGCUCGUGAGUAGGUCAAAAAGCCUUUGUUUCAUGCCUUGAAGGGGAAACUUAAAACAAAGAGAGCAAAUGUUCCAUUUGAUAUGCUGUGAGUUCCCUAUGUUAGAUAUAUCAGCAAUAAAGGAGGACUAUGAUUCUGUGACAAUAGAGGAGUAUAAUUCUGUUCCAAAACAAUGUGGAGUGAAGAAAAGUGAUGCAUAUUGUGCACAGACAACUGGUGCAUCUGUGGAUGUGAGGAUAAUGGAGUGUAAUUCUGUUCCAAAAGUAUGUGAAAUGAAGAAAAGCAAUGCGUAUUGUGUAGAGGCAACUGGUGCGUCCGUGGAUGUGGAUUCAAGCAUCAGUCUUGUAUAUCGAUACUGCCAAAAGCUUGGACACAAGUACGAAUAGUUCUUGCGGAGUAAAUAUCUAAUACUGUCUUCAUUUGAAUGAAAAUAUUAAUACUUGCUAACAUGCUUAUCUAGCCAAGUUUCUCAGAGGCAUGCAAUUCUUCUGCGAAAACUUUGGACCAGUUCAGUUUUUGGAAAGUUCUCCCUUUUUCCGUAAUAAACAGAAACAUUAAAAUGGAAAAGUAUAUUGUUCAAAUGGACUUCGUUUUCCAAAGUGAAAAUUGAAAACAUUUCUGGGAAAAAAUGAUAGAGUACUCGCAGGUAUGUAAGAUUAACAGAGAAAGAUGAAAAUGAUUCAAGAAAACAACUCCAACUUCAUUAAUGGUGAAUACAAGUUCAUCCGUAGCCCAAAGAGAGAGGCAGUCAGUCUCAAUCUUCCCAGUCCAGUUCUAACUAACAAAACAGCCUGUUUACUAACUACCCUUUCCCCACUAUUUACUCUAUUCAGAAUACACUCUGAAAUUACACCUCAGCAACUAACGAAUUGUUAUCCUUCCUUUUUCCUACUAUAUACCUUCCCGUAAUGCUUAUUAUUAUUAUUCGUACUAGCAGCUUCACUGGGUGUCUAUAAAAAAAACUCUCCAUUUAAAUUAGAAAUUGAAGUUAAAGUAUGGAGGAAAAGUUCCGCACUAAACCAGAAAUUCCCUGUCUUGCUUGGACUCUAAUUGUCUGUCUACUGACACAUGUGUGACCAGCAAUUUAGUGAGUGUCUACAAGAUAAUGAAGUUUAAUAGCCAAUGAAACUAUAUUGAUCGCAUUCUCCAACCCAAAAUAGCAGCCAGUAUUGCGUUUUUGAUAAUUUUAAAAUGUAAUGUAUAGCAGUAUAGGUAUUGGAGAUUGAUAUUUGCUGUUUAUGUACAAGUCUAUAACACAAUAUGAGUCAUGCCCAAUUUGAAUACCAUACAUAUAUGCUUUGUCAGUAGUUUGUCCUUAUAUGCAUUAUUUGUCCUUAGGCCCGAUCUAUUUACUGCUUACAAUAUUAGUUCUGCUACUCCCUCAGGAACGCCAAUCCAAAACCAGAAUUUGAGACCAUUGUGUCCCCAGAGCAGUUGUACCGAUGCAAAUUAACAUUACCAAUGAGUGCAGCUUUUCAAACCAUUAUUGGCCCUGAUAGUUUGAAUGCUCGUGUAGCUAAAAAAUAUGCAUGCUUGGAGGCAUGCAAAAAGCUGCACGAGUUGGGGGCACUGAAUGACCAUCUUCUCCCUGCUGGCACAAAGGCUACCUCCCAAAAGGAUUUGGAUUUGCAUUCUCAAGUAUCAACGUCAGGUGCAGGAACUACAAAGAGAAAGGAAUUGCAUGGGACAUCAAGCAUCAGUGCACUGGCUGGAUUGUGGGGAGAGGUGGAAGCUGAAGUAAAUUUUCAAGCUUAUAAAAUGGUCUUCUACUCCAAUGAUCCAGAAGUGAACUAUUCCAGUUUUGUUCUUUUAAUGGAAUCAAAGCUAGAUGAUGAUGUUGGAAAUAUAGAAGUGGAACUCUACUUGCUUAGAAGAAUUGUUAAGGCUUCUAUCUCCUCACUUGGGCUAAUAACACUGGAUGCAGAUCAGGUCAGGAAAGCAAAGAGGUUUCAGGAAUUCUUCUUUAAUGGGCUGUUUGGGAAACUGUUUACGCGUGCAUCAGGUGAAAGGAAGCUCAUAUUUAACAUGGAGGAAUCUCUUUGGGAGAAAUCAUAUAUGUACUUGCUCUUGCCCCUUGAUACAGUAGGCCAUAGUUCUGAACGGUUGUGCAUUGAUUGGAAUGGAAUUCAUUCCUCUGUUUCUGCUGUGGAAUAUCUGAAGAAAAAUGCUUGGCUUAAUGCUGAGUUGUCUGAAGCUAACAGAAGGAAUAGUUUUCUCCAUAGAAAUGAUUUGGAUGCAAUGGAUACUGAUUCUAUAGAGCAGAUUCACAUGGCCAAUAUAUCAGUUCCUAGAAAUAGUGUGAGGGGUAUGGUUGUUGUUGCUAUUCAUUCGGGAAGAAUCUAUUCUAUCUUGGAAGCUGUUCCUGAUUCAUCCUCUAGAAGUCCAUUCGAAGGUAGCACUGAAGAAGCCCCAUCUACCUAUUCAUCUUAUGAUGACUACUUCCAGAAAAGGUACGGGAUUACUCUGUUGUAUCCUGAACAGCCGAUAUUCCUGCUAAAGCAAAGCCAUAAUGCCCAUAAUCUUCUCGUGGACUUCAGAAACACAGGAUUGUCAUCGCUAAAGGAGCCAGAGAAUAAUAGCAAAACGGCUAACAUAAAACCACACCAGCAUGCUCACAUUCCACCAGAACUUCUUAUCAGUAUUGAUAUUAAAUUGGAUGUCUUGAGGUCAUUUUACUUGAUGCCCUCACUGAUGCAUAGACUCCAGUGUUUGAUGCUUGCCAGCCAGCUAAGAAGAGAGAUUUGUUGUCUUUAUGGUGACUCAAAUGUGCCAAGCUCAUUGGUUCUGGAAGCUCUCACAACCCAGAGGUGCAAUGAAAUUUUUUCCAUGGAGCGUUUAGAGUUGCUAGGAGAUUCAGUUUUGAAAUAUGCUCUGGGUUGUCACCUCUUCCUCAAAUAUCUCGAUAAAGAUGAAGGGGUGCUCUCUGACAAGCGUAGAUGGGCAGUGUGCAACUCAACACUUCAUAGGUUGGGCAUCAGCCGUAAUAUACAGGGAUAUAUACUAGACCGUCCAUUUAUUCCCCGCACAUGGGCUGCUCCAGGUCAGCUUUCUAUUUGGCCUUCUCCAUGCAAACAUGGGGUGGACACCUUAGAAGUGCCAGUGAAUGAUGAUUUCUCCAGAGAUGAUGAGACGGUUGAAAUCGGGCGGUGCUGUGAUAGAGGUCACAGAUGGAUAGUAUCAAAGACUAUAUCUGACUGUGUUGAAGCACUGGUGGGAGCAUAUUAUGUUGGUGGUGGGUUGGUUUCUUCUAUUAAGUUGAUGAAAUGGGUUGGUAUGGAUAUUGAUCUUGAUGAUCUAUCCAUGGUGAAUGAUGCCAUAAAAGCUGCUUCUCUGCACUCCUAUAUGCCGAGCACUGUUAGCAUUGAAAGCCUUGAGUCAAAAAUCGGUUACACAUUUUCUGUCAAGGGGUUGAUAUUAGAGGCCAUAACACACAAAACUAAGCAAGAGCUAGGUGUUGGGUGCUGUUACGAGAGGCUUGAAUUUCUUGGAGAUGCCGUGCUAGACAUUCUAAUCACUUGGUAUCUCUAUCAAAACCACACUGAUGUUGACCCUGGGGAGUUGACAGAUUUACGUUCUGCUUCUGUCAACAACACAAAUUUCGCUCUUGCUGCUGUGAGGGCAAAUCUUCAUCCGCAUCUUCAGCACUGCUCAACCAAUCUUGAAAGCCAAAUAUUGGAAUUUGAGAAGUCCAUAUCUAACUCUAGCUGCACUGCGGAGUUGCUUGUGGGCGGGAAAGCUCCCAAGGAAUUGGGAGAUCUUGUGGAAAGUAUUGCCGGGGCAAUACUUAUUGAUACCAAACUUGACUUAGGCAAAGUCUGGGAAAUCUUUGAACCGAUACUCUCACCCAUUGUUACUCCUGAAAGUUUAGAACUCCCUCCAUAUAGGGAAUUAAUUGAAUUGUGUAGCUCUUCCGGCUACUUUUUGAAACAAUAUUGGCAAAGAAAGGGGGAAGCAGUGCAUGCCGAACUCACAGUACAGCUUGAAGAUGAGUUGCUGUUUGGAGAGGGGCUUGGGCAGUGCAGAAAAGAUGCAAAAGGGCAGGCUGGUCUUCUUCUACUAAAAAACUUAAAGAGUAGAGGAGUCUCAUCAACGAAGAAUAGACCAGAGACCGACCUUGUUGUUCCUUUAGCAGGGGUUCCUCUGUUAACUGCUGAUAGCUCUAGCAAUCCUAAAUCAAAUAACAAUAUUCCAGAAAUUCCGCCAAUCAACUUGAGAAAGGGAGGACCAAGGACAUCACUGUUCAGCCUAUGCAAGUCACUUCAAUGGCCAAUACCCACAUUUGAUGCAUCCGAGACUAAAUCAAAGUCUCUGAUUGAAUUUGGUGAGGGUUCUGAAAGGAGGACUGGAUUUAUCAGUUUCGAAUCCCGAAUCACCUUGACGAUUCCAAAUGUUGGAGUGAUUGAACUCUCGGGUGAGAAAAGACCCGACAAGAAGAGUUCUAGUGAUUCUGCUGCACGUGCCAUGCUCCUUGAACUUGAACGACAAGGGAAAAUCACCAUUCGUAAAGAGUAAUCUUUUCUCUGUGCAUGAGCUAUUUUUGACGUAGGGAUAACGAGCUGGUUUUGGAAGUAACUGUGUAUCUAAUUCUAACUGAGGCUGAUGGUAGCAGCUAGCAGGAGGGUGUGUUUAUCCUGCAUAAUCCAAAUUUAACACACCCGAGUACACAUGCAUUAUUGAAGUUAAAUUUGGUGUAAGUAGCAUUUAAAUGAUGAACUGACUAAAAAUUGUAAAUACUAUUCGGUGGUAACUCUGGCUAUCUAAUUGCAUUUAGAAUCUUUCUGGCCUGGCCG